UAAAAUAACUCCCCCCUCCAAACAAAAAGUCAAGACUUUCCUGAUUCACCCCCACCUUCUCCUCUGCAGGAGUGCAGAUAAUGGUGGGGGAAGACUGAAAUGUGUUGCUCACAACGAGACUCAGACUUUAAAGCAAAAAAGCUCAGAACAAAAGACAUUUUUCUUUUGUAUUGCCCUGCUAUUACACAUACCGUAAUGUAAAAUCAGAACAGAACACGGCAGUUUGGUCAGGUGACACUUUUGUUUCAGCUCUUUCUCUCCCCCCCACACCCCUCAUGGUACAGAAGCCUGAAGGAAUCGGGACUGUUCCUGAAGAGGUGGUCACGUCGGAAACUCAGCCCGUGUUAGAAAGCUUCCUGUAACAAAUAAGGCGGCCUAUGAAAGACUUGAGCAAAGCGUUGGCUCUGGAGCUGGUUGAACUGUAGUUUGCAGGUCACUGAUUGAACAUUUAAAACAUGACAUGGCCCAACUAAAUGUGUUGCAGAGGAAAAUGCCCCCAUAUAAACUCCAUCAUAGAUGCUUUGAGACUCUGGUUAAGAAUCUAGAAUGUAAAACAGGGAGGCGGGAAUGUAGUGUGAUGCAAUGAAAUGGGGGUGGAGUUAAGCAAUCUUAAGACUUUGGGGGAGAAAGCCUUUAUGAUGUAAGACUUUGGGGGAGGAAUCAGACAUUCUGAUCUGCAAAGACUUUCAUAUAUGUUCAUCUCACAGGUGCGACAUACGCCAGACUGGUAAGAAGCUGAUGGCGAAAUGUCGCAUGCUGAUCCAGGAGAAUCAGGAGUUGGGUAGGCAGCUUUCCCAAGGGCGCAUAGCCCAGUUGGAGGCCGAGCUUGCCUUGCAGAAGAAGUACAGCGAAGAGCUCAAAAGCAGCCAAGAUGAGCUGAAUGACUUCAUCAUUCAGCUGGAUGAGGAGGUGGAGGGCAUGCAGAGCACCAUCCUGGUUCUGCAGCAGCAGCUGAGGGAGACCAGGCAGCAGCUGUCUCAGAUGAACCAAACCCAAGGCACUUCUAGUGGAGCUGGCCCAAGCAGAACUUCCCCUUCAACAGCCUCCGAACCUUCCACUCAGAGUGAACCAGCCAACGCCUCCAGUUCAAAUGUGGGGAAAGACUGCGGAAGGGUGUCCAAUGGACCCUCCAAUGGGAACUCAUCUCAGAGGGGUGCAUCUGGCUCUAGUUUGUACAGGGAAGCAAGCAGUGCAGAUGAAGAUUACCCUCCAUCACCCUCUGUCUCCAGCCCCACCCAUGAUGGCAUAUCAAAACUCUCCAACCACUCAGAAGAUGCAGUGAGCCAGAGGGGUGGAGAAGGGUACGUGACUCAGCUAAGUGCAGGCUAUGAGAGCGUGGACUCGCCUACAGGCAGUGAGACGUCAGUGACCCAGCACUCGAACGAUACAGACUCCAAUGCUGACUCCCACGAGGCCGCUGCUGUCCCCAAAGGCAGCAGGACUGCAGGUACGCGGCACAGCACUCAGAAUGGCCUGGACUCAUCUGCAGCAGCAGUUGCCACCAACACCUCCAAUGCCUCUGCAGGGUCUGUUUUGUAACAUUCUUCUAGUUUCUGUUCAUUUUUUUUUUUUUUAAGUAACUCACAACAAAUAAACAAAACAACCCGUCACACUUCAGGCCAGUUAGUUCUUGUUCAAGAAGUGGUCAAAAGCAUCACUUUUGUUUUGUACCCUCCUUCCCAUCAUAACCUAUUUCAGUACAUUUGCUACAUGCUCGAAACUGAUUACGUUUAUAAAAUGAGCAACACUGCGUUUGUAUAUUUGAUUUUUUUUAAUGAGAGUUUUAAACCAUUUUCCUCUGUCGAAGUGAUAUAAACACUCGGUUCUGUACUGUUCAUUUGCUCACUUGCUAGAACUCUGAAUGAUUUAGCUAUGUGUGAUGUAUCAAUGCUCAAGUCUUGAAACUGCAAGUUCAGAGUCCUUAGUUUCCUGAUGUUGAACUUUUUUUGUUCCUCUACAUGACGAGAGAAAACGUUUUUGUUUGACUUGUGUGUAGUUUUUCAAGACGUAUCUUGUUAAAUUCUGAUUUCGAUCCUUUUCAUGUACUGACCAAAUAUCAAUAAAGAGUUUUAAUAUGA